AUGUUGCUGCUUGAUGGAAGGCUGCUUGAUGGAAGGCUGCUUGAUGGAAGGCUGCUUGAUGGAAGGCUGCUUGAUGGAAGGCUGCUUGAUGGAAGGCUGCUUGAUGGAAGGCUGCUUGACGGAACGCUGCUUGACGGAACGCUGCUUGACGGAACGCUGCUUGACGGAACGCUGCUUGACGGAAGGCUGCUUGACGGAACGCUGCUUGAUAAAAAGCUACUUGAUAGUACGGUGGUGCUUGAUAGUACGGUGGUGCUUGACGGAAGGCUGUUGGACGGAAGGCUGCUCGAUAGUACGCUGCUCGAUAGUACGCUACUUGAUAGUACGCUGCUUGAUAGUACGCUGCUUGAUGAAAGGCUGUUGGACGGAAGGCUGCUCGAUAGUACGCUGCUCGAUAGUACGCUGCUUGACAGUACGCUACUUGAUAGUACGCUGGUUGAUGGUACGCUGGUUGAUGGUACGCUGGUUGAUGGUACGCUGGUUGAUGGUACGCUGGUUGAUGGUACGCUGGUUGAUGGUACGCUGGUUGAUGGUACGCUGGUUGAUGGUACGCUGGUUGAUGGUACGCUGGUUGAUGGUACGCUGGUUGAUGGUACGCUGGUUGAUGGUACGCUGGUUGAUGGUACGCUGGUUGAUGGUACGCUGGUUGAUGGUACGCUGGUUGAUGGUACGCUGGUUGAUGGUACGCUGGUUGAUGGUACGCUGGUUGAUGGUACGCUGGUUGAUGGUACGCUGCUCGAUAGUACGCUGCUUGACGGUACGCUGCUUGACGAUAAAACGCUUAUGCUGCUACUGCUUGAUGACGAAGAGAUUGCUGAGGAAGAGCUGCUGCUUAUGGCGUUUGAUAAUAUGCUGGAGGACUGA